AUGAACUUCGAGUACACCCCGAAGCCGUCGUUCCCGGGACCGUUCCACAUCUUCAACGAGCCGAACGAGGAGGCGGUGAUCCGAAGGUUCUUCAAGCACGUGGCGGAGCUCCGACCGCAGAUCAUCGUCACCUACAACGGGGACUUCUUCGACUGGCCCUUCGUCGACGAGAGGGCCAAGGGCUACGGCUUGGACAUGGAGAAAGAGAUCGGCGUGGGGCUGCAGGCCAACGGGGAGUACCGCGGCCGCUGCGUGGCGCACAUGGAUGCCAUCUACUGGGUGAAACGGGACUCUUACCUGCCGCAAGGCUCUCACGGUCUAAAGGCCGUCACCAAGUACAAAUUAGGGUACGACCCCGUGGAGGUGGACCCGGAGGACAUGGUGAGGUACGCGUCGGAGAGGCCUACGGAGAUGGCAGCCUACUCCGUCUCCGACGCCGUGGCCACCUAUUACCUCUACCAGACCUACGUGCACAUGUUCGUCUUCAGCCUGUGCACCAUCAUCCCGAUGGGGCCGGACGAUGUGCUGCGGAAGUCCGAGCCUUUGACGAAGUUCCACGACGGCCACCUGGUUGAGUCGGAGACGUACAUCGGGGGCCACGUGGAAUGCCUAGAGGCGCUGAUCGACAACGUCGACCGAGACCUGACGUUCGCCAUCGAGGUCGAGAGCGGGGUACAGCGCGACACCGUCAGCAACUACGACGAGGUGACGUCAUAG